AUGAUCUCCAAAGCAUUAUCAGCAGUCCUGGUCCUUACCAUUGCGAUGGUUUCUUCAAGCCUCGCCUCUCCGGACUUCAACGCAACUGAAGAAGUGCUAGCUCGAUCGGAUGCGCUGGAUUCCAACCUGCGCUACCACGUGUUCAACGACAAGGUCGUAGACUUCUUCCAGGCUUGGCAGUACUGUGCCUCGCUCGGACUCCGAAUGGCAACGGUCAAUUCCGUCGAGGAUGACGCUGAACUGGCGGUGGCUCUUAUUCGGGCUGAUCGUAAAGCCAAGGGACCGUGGUGGAUCGGUGGAACGGAUCUCGGCAAGGAGGGAAACUUUGUGUGGAUCACCAACGGAAAACCACUCGGUCACAAAACGGGAUUCACAAACUACGCCCCCGGAGAGCCCAACAACUAUGGAGGUAACGAAAACUGUAUCGAAGUUGGUUUCUUCGGUGGAACGACUUGGAAUGACAGAGGAUGUGAUGUGGCUCGUGCAACCAUUUGCGAGAAAGUUAACGUGAAAUGUUGA